AUUGGUAUGGGCGCGUGAGUAGUUUGCGCUCGCUUGUGUGACCGAGGUUCUUGUGCGCGACCUAAUGUCAUGGAUUUACCAACUGGCGUGAAAAUCUGCGGACCCGGGGGGCUUGUAGACUGACGUGUAUUUUAUUUAUUUAUUGUGUUUUUAAUUUUAUUUCAUGCAACUUUAAUAUCAGCAAAACUGUCCCGAUAUGCCUGAAGAACGAUUCACUUGAAUGGAAUAAAGCGCAUUGGACUAGCAUAUUUUACUGCAAACUGGAGUUGGUCUUCUCAGAAAACCCGCGCGUUUAAAAUUCCAAAAAUGAUCCUUACUCAGAUCGAGGCCAAGGAGGCGUGUGAUUGGCUGAAAGCGGCUGGGUUCCCACAGUAUGCACAACUCUACGAAGAUUCCCGUUUCCCGAUAGACAUCUCCUCCGUCACCAGGGACCAUGACUUCCUGGACCACGAUGCCAUUGAUGCCCUGUGCAGGCGGUUGAACACCCUAAACAAAUGCGCAGUGAUGAGGCUGGAGAUCUCCAGACAGAGGAAAAGGAGCGAGGAUUCGGACGAGGACGAGCCGUGCGCCAUCAGCGGCCUCUGGACGUUCCAGAGGGACAGCAGGCGCUGGUCGCGGCUGGACGAGCCGGACGUGUUCCCCCCGCCCAGCCCCGCCGGGCCCCUCCCCGGGGACGGCCCGCUGGGGGGCCUGAGCGAGCGUCCGGAGGCGGGCUCCUCGUCCCACAGCGGCAGCAGCCCGGGGGCGGGGACCACGCGCACCAGCUCCGUCACCAGCGACUGCUCCUCCGGCGCCUCGGCCGCCAACGAGGACUCGCUGUCCGAGGGCCCGCCCGAGCUGCCCGAGCGCUUCGUCUUCCAGGGCCCGCCGGGCGGCGCCAAGACCUCGCGCUCCAAGGCCAAGAGCUUCCUGAAGAGGAUGGAGAGCCUGCGCCUGCGCGGCGCGGGCUCCAGGCGCAAGCGGCGGGCGGGGCAGGGGGCGGGGCCCCGGCCGGAGAUCAGCGGCCCGAUCCUGCGCGGCGACCUGGACGCGGACAAGCUGCGGCGGCUCAACUGCGUGGACGUCGCCGCCCUCAACGCCCUCAACGCCCUGAACGGGCGCAGCCGCAGCGUGUCCCACCCCUGCCCCGCCCGGCUCGGCGGCGGCGGCGGCGGCAGCGCGGGCACCAGCAGCGCGGGCAGCAGCCAAUCGGAGGCCAGCAGCGGGAGCGCGGUCAGCACGCCCAGCCCCGUGGCGCGGGCGCGGGCGAGGGCGCGUAGCCAGAGCGCGCAGGGCGACCGGGGGGGCGCCAAGCGCGGCGGGAUGUACCUGGAGGGCUUCGACCCCUUCAGCCUGCUGCCGCUGGACUCCGCCCUCGCCUGGGGCCGCGGGGACCAGAGCACGGCGGAGGAGGAGGAGGAGGACGCGCCGCGCGUGCGGGAGGAAGAGGAGGAGGAGGACGAGGAUUACGGCGACGACGACGAGGAGGACGACGGGGUGGUUUUCUUCCUCAUCCCCGAGGGCCACAAGCUGGGCACCUUCCCCAAGGCGCUGUGCAACAGCCUCCCCCGCACCGCCGCCGCCCCCAGGCUCCGCCGGAGCUCCGCCUCCAACCUCCGCCGCAGCUCCGCAGGCUCCGUGGAGAGCCGCCACAGUUUCUACGACAACGUCCCCGCGCGGGGCCCGGAGGAAGAGGAGGAGGAGGAGGAGGAAGGGGGCGAGGACCUGGAGGACACCCUGCGGCGGGUUGGCGGUUGGACGGAGGGCGACUCCGAUUCCGCCGUGGACUCCGCCUCCCCCUGCCCGUCCUCCCCACUGCAGGGCCGACCGGGCGAGGUGGAGGGGGACAGGGUUCGGGACCGGGACCGGGACAGCACGGGGAACCUUCUGAGCGAGCAGGAGGACGGACACGCCCCCCAUGAGCGCAGAGACUCCGGAGUGGGCACCUCCCUGAGCCAGGAUAGCAGGCCCCAGAAGGCGCGGUGGAGCGGCUUCCAGUCCUCGAGCCGGGCGGGGCGCCCCGCCUCCUCGCUGCAGAUCGGCUGCCAGUCGGCGGCGCAGAUGAACCUGCUGCAGAAGUUCUCCCUGCUCACUCUCACCGCCCUGCUGGAGAGAUACACGCCCACCAGCAAGCACGGCUUCAGCUGGGCCGUUCCCAAGUUCAUGAAGAGGACCAAGGCGCGGGACUACAGGGACCGCAGCGUUUUCGGGGUCCCCCUGCAGGUGAACGUGCAGCGCACCGGCCAGCCCCUCCCGCCCAGCAUCCAGGAGGCCAUGCGCUACCUGCGCGAGCAGGGGAUGGACCAGGUGGGGCUGUUCCGGAAGUCGGGGGUGAAGUCGCGGAUCCAGGCGCUGCGGGAGAUGAACGAGGCGGGCGCGGAGGGCGAGGUCAGCUACGAGGGCCAGUCGGCCUACGACGUGGCGGACAUGCUGAAGCAGUACUUCCGGGACCUGCCGGAGCCGCUGCUCACCAGCAAGCUGUGCGACACCUUCCUGCAGAUCUACCAGUACGUGCCCAAAGACCAGCGGCUCCAGGCGGCCCGGGCGGCCGUCCUGCUCCUGCCGGACGAGAACCGCGAGGCGCUGCAGACGCUGCUGUGCUUCCUGUGCGACGUCGUCGCCAACGUGGCCGAGAACCAGAUGACCAGCACCAACCUGGCCGUGUGCCUGGCGCCCACCCUCUUCCACCUCAACACCCUGAAGAGGGACAGCUCCUCCCCCAGGGUGAUGCAGAGGAAGCAGAGUCUGGGCAAGCCGGACCAGAGGGACCUGCAGGAGAACCUGGCCGCCACCCAGGGCCUGGCCCACAUGAUCGCGGAGUGCAAGAGACUCUUCCAGAUUCCUGAGGAAAUGAGGAGAUGUCAGGGCUCCUAUAUGGACCAGGGCCUGCAUCCGCCAAAAAUUGAGGAGCUGGCACAGAGGGGUGCUGAAGGGCCCCCCGUGUCCCGGGGGCACCUCAGGGAGGAGCUGGACGCCCUGCUUAGGGAGGCCAAAGACAAGUUCAGAGGCUACGACAGCUGCUCCACACCAGAGCACGCCGAGCUGGCGUACAAGAAGGUGCACGACGGCUCGGCGCUGCGCCUGUGGAAGGCCACGGUGGAGGUCCCGGCGCCUCCGGAGGAGGUCCUGACCCGCGUCCUGCGGGAGCGUCACCGCUGGGACGAGGACCUGCUGGAGGCGCGCGUGGUGGAGACGCUGGGCGAGCGGGCGGAGGUGUACCAGUACCUGCGCGGCAGCAUGGCGCCCCACCCGGCCCGGGACCACGUGGUCCUCCGGACGUGGGUGACAGACCUGCCUAAAGGCGCCUGUGCGCUGGUCAGCCGCUCGGUGGACCACGGCCGGGCCAAGCCCAAGGGUGCCCGGGCCAACGUGCUGACCUCGUGCUACUACCUGGAGCCCUGCGGGCCCGCCAAGUCCCGGCUCACCCACCUCUCCAGGGUCGACUGCAGGGGCCGCUUCCCGGAGUGGUACAACAAGACGUUCGGACACUUGUGCGCGGCCCAGGUGUCGCGGAUACGGGACUCCUUCACCGGCCACGUGGACAAAUGAGAGAGAGCCCUCACUGCCAGCGUGUUUCCACGGCGACCGCGUAUAUUUUGCGUCCGUGGGCCCAACCCCCGGUCCCCCCGGCGAAGAAGUGGAGUUGGAGGAAGACUGUGGGUCCCACUGUGACAGAGGAGUGGGGUGACACGUGUAUCGCGGUUUUGUAUGCAGAGCGUGUGAAAUGUGUUUCCUCUGGUUAAACUAGCGAAACUCUGCUGCCACCCCUGCAUUGGUGUUCACUUAACCUGCCUCAUCAUAAUGGUGCACUGAUUGCAUAAUGGUGCACUGAUUGCACCCCCCCCCCCCCCACUUCCAAUGUGAGCCAUCAGAUCCUCUGUGCCAUUGUGACAUCAUAGGUGUGACAUCACUGGCUGCCACUGCUUCUGAGAAGCAGGAGGACAAGUGCGUGUGUAUGUACUGUGUGUUGGCAAAGCACACUGGACUUUUUGUUUUUCCAUGUCACAUGAUGAUUAUGUAACACGCAGUGGCUUCUGUAUGUGUGUGUUUGUGUGUGUGUGUGCGUGAGAGAGCAAGAGAGAAAGCGAGAUAGAGAGAUACUGAGCACUGCUCGCCAUAUGUGUGCUUGUCUCUUUCUGGGUGUUCUUAACAGCAAAUGUGUAAGUACGUAUCAAAAAAAGAUAGUCGUAGACAGAUAGAUGGAGAGAGGGAGAUGGGUGGAGAGAUCACUGAUUGAUUGAUGAUGAUGAUGGUGAUGGUGAUGACAGAGAGGGAUGAACAGAUGGAAGGAUAGACGGAUGAGGAGAUUUAUGUGUGUGGCAGAAGUGGUGGAUCACAGUCCUCUUAAAUACCGGAGAGGUGGCCGAAGGACGAGGAAAAGGGGUACAGCCGACCCCGCGUCCAUGGGGUGCGGGGAGUGUGUGGAGCCCAGAGUGGGAACAGGGUAUUCAUUUUCCUUCCACAGCUGUCACAGUGCAGGAGGGCGGGGCUGUCCAAGACUCAGAUCAUCCCCAGAUGGUAAGCGACUCCGGACCGGGUCUGGACCGAUUCUGGCCCGAAGUUGGCACUGACGGGCUGGACUUGGCACAGAUCUGGCCCGAAGUGGCUUGCUAUCUGGGAUCCGCUAUUAAAAUCCGUUGUAUGGAUCAGGAACUCGGGCCAAGGAAGUUCUGUCAGUUUAAACGAGAUCAGGAGAUAACAGUGAGUUUUAUAGUAGUGACGAGUUGGUCCUUUUAUAAAGGAGGGGGAGGGGUUUUUGUACAGGUUGUACUGUAUAAGACAGAAAAGAUGAGAACGGAAAUGCAUUGGCAAACGCUCAGAUGGUAGGGCAUUUCUAAAGAAGGAACUUAUUGCUUGUGAGCUUUUUCUUAACCUGCCUUUGUCAGUGUUACUUAAUAUGAAGUCUAAACGAGUUUGAAAAAUAAGCUUAUUUCCACAUGCAUUCUGAAGUGACCUGAACAUAUUUUAUUGUUUAGUUACAGCUAAUUUACAGCUAAGUACAUACUGGCAUAAUGCAAACAUGUAUGCUUUAAGCGUGUACUGCCAAAUAAGGGUGCAUGACAAUGAAAAUUAAUUUAAAGUAUUCAUGUAUUUAUACCUCAGAUAUACUUUUUUUUUUGUAUUUUGUGUUAUUUUAUUGUAAAUGUUACCAUAAUGUUAAAAGAUACAGAAAUAAAAUGUUUUAUCUUUUUUAUUAUCGCUGUACAGUUUAUCAACAUUCCAUGCACUAUUAAAUGUAUUCAACUUAAA